AUGAAGUCCUUCGCUGCCAUCGCCCUCGUGGCCGUCUCUGCCGUCCAGGCCACCCCCACCGCUACCACCCCCGAGGCCCCCGUCAAGGUCCGCUCUCUCCCUGCCGUCAGUGUCUCCGGCAAUGCUUUCUGGAAGGACGGCGAGCGCUUCUACAUCCGCGGUAUCGACUACCAGCCCGGUGGUUCUUCUAAGAACAUCGACCCCCUGGCCGACACCAGCAUCUGCAGCCGUGACAUUGCUGAGUUCAAGAAGCUCGGCGUCAACACCAUCCGUGUCUACUCCGUCGACAACUCCAAGAACCACGAUGACUGCAUGAAGCAGCUUGCCGACGCCGGCAUCUACCUCGUCGCCGACGUCAACAACCCCCUCUACUCCAUCAAUAGAGCUGACCCCCACCCUUCCUACAACGCCGUCUACCUCCAGAGCAUCUUCGCCACUGUUGAGGAGUUCGCCAAGUACGACAACACCCUCGCCUUCUUCUCCGGAAACGAGGUUAUCCACGACGGUGCCAACACCACCCUGACUGCCCCCUACGUCAAGGCCGUCACCCGUGACAUGAAGAACUACAUGGCCUCCCGUGGUCUUCGUCACGUCCCCGUCGGUUACUCCGCCGCCGAUGUCUCCGACAACCGCAUGCAGACCGCCCAGUACUUCAACUGCGGUAGCGACGAUGCUCGUUCUGACUUCUUCGCCUUCAACGACUACUCCUGGUGCGACACCAACUUCAAGGAGGCUGGCUGGGAUGUCAAGGUCAAGAACUUCACCGACUACGGUCUCCCCAUUUUCCUGUCCGAGUACGGCUGCAUCACCAACGGCCGCACCUUCGGCGAGAUCGAGGCUCUCAUGAGCGAUGAGAUGACCAGCGUCUACUCCGGUGGUCUCAUGUACGAGUACUCUCUCGAGGAGAACGACUACGGUAUCGUCACUAUCAACGGCGACAAGGUCACCGAGGAGAAGGAGUUCGCCAGCUUGUCCAACGCCAUGUCCAAGUACCCUGCCCCUACCGGCAACGGCGGUGCUGCUUCCACCACCCACGCCGUCAGCUGCCCUACCUCCGACUCCGUCUGGAUGGUCGACCCCACCAAGAUCCCUACCAUUCCUGAGAAGGCUGAGAAGUACAUGACCGACGGUGCUGGCGACGGCCCUGGUCUCAGCGGCUCCGGCUCCCAGCAGGCUGGUGACAGUGCUUCUGAGGGCGAGACCACCGGCGGAAGUGCUUCCCCCACUGCUUCCGGCGGCGCCUCCGCCACCGGCUCCCAGAACGCUGCCCCCGGCCUCACCUUCGGCGGCUCCGUCGAGAAGGCCCCUCUCAUCGUCAGCGGUCUCACCGUGAUGUUCACCCUGUUCGGUGCCGUUAUGUUGUAA